ACCAAUUUGCGCAGAAUCUUCUAUGGUCAUCAGGAAACACAGAGAAAGUCUUGGGAUGACAUCAACGAACAGAUUCGCCACUGCUAGAUUGAUUGAUGCCGUGUUUCAAAUCUGCAUAAAGACUCGUCAUUAUGAAUCUUUAUCAUUACAAUCUAUCUGGCAACGGAAGUUGAUUAUUUAA